CAGAACGAAUAUGCUAAGCAACUCAAGGAGCUCCGAGCACAGGAUAAGUCGGGGAAAGCACACGGGAAGGUGUUCGUCCGGGUAAUUGGCCUGAAGAGUCUCGAUCUACCUAUGCCACAGCAGCCGACGACCAUUGCAUGCACACUCAAUAACGGUAUACACUAUGUCACGACGCCAGAGUGUCGCCUCGGCAGGGAAUGCAGAAUUGACCAGGAGUUCGAAUUAAUCGAACACAGCAAGCUUGAGUUCACGCUGACUAUCAAGGUCCGACGAGAUCCCCAUAUUAUCGCCCAAUUUAAAGCCAACGCUCCUCCACUACCGCCGCCUGCUCCAGCUCCCGUCCAGGUUGCUCCCCCACCCCCAUCGAAGGGUGGAGGAAUGCGUAAUUUCUUCCGAUCGUCAUCGCCCGCAAAGAAGGCUCCGAAAGCGCUUCCGGCGCCGAAGACAGCUAUGCAUCAGCCUCCGGUGCAUCGUGUAAGCGAGAACUUGGCACGGUAUCUCAAACCCGAUGGUACUCUCGCACGAGCAUUCAUCUCCUUCAGAGACAUUGCUCCUCGAUGUGACACGAAGCUGUUCGAGACCAGCUACCCGUUGAUCGGGCAGCGGCUCGAGACAGGCGGUACCAUGAAGUCCAUGCAAGUUGGCGAUAUCGUCCUACAAAUAUUCAGACUACCUCCGUUGCCUGGCAUUCCGCCUGAGCAGUUGCCUCAAAGCUUGGAGGAAUGUCAUCGGGGUCUGCGACAUACAGCUUGGCAUAAGAACACGUACUUUGAGGGGACCUUGACUCAGAACGGUGGGGAUUGCAUGUCGUGGCGGCGGAGACAUCUCAGAUUGGUCGGUGCCAAUCUCAUUGCAUACAAUGAUGUCACGAAGCGUGCUAUCGCCACCAUUGAUCUCAAGAAAGCUGUUACCGUUGAGGACGACCAGGAUGUGAGGUCGUCAAUGCUCAGCCCGGCAUCUGGGGUCAGCUCUCGCAGCCGCCACGUCGAUGAGUUUGAUGGUCCAUACGGCUCUGAGCGGUCAUUCCGGCUUGUAUUCCCACAGAACCAGGAGAUCACAUUCUUUGCAGACACUGAUGAAGAAAAGGCACGAUGGUUGGAGGUCCUGCGCGCUCUCGUGGGUCGAAUACCCCCGAAUCCGCUGUGGGCCGAGCUCGUAUGGCAACGGCAGCAAGAGCUCGGGCGUGAGGAUGACACCCGCCUGGCUAGCCCACAGUUGCACCGGUGA